CAGUGGUUUCGAUCGUUCAUAAAAUAACUCGGACCGAAUUUAAAAAUAUUUACUUGCGAUCCUACCCACAGAUCAUACAAUAAUUCAUGCGGAUUGUUCUCUGUAUUAGUACAAUAGUAAGGCAAGCGCAUCCUAUACGACGGUCUUGCGAAAGAGCAAACCAAAACGUCCAUGGGACUCUGUUCCGCCCUAGUAGCUAGCCUUUGAAAACAAUUGUUUUAGACGAUGGGGCAUUCGUAUGGCCGUCCAGUAAAUGAAAGUACCGUGGACAACCUUUGUGUCACCCCAGCAGAUCCAAGCAAGAUUGUCAGAGGAGAUCGCGGCCGGCCUUGUCCCGGCGGGGCUUGUCUGAAUACAACCCCACCUCCACCUGGUUGGGGUCGAUAUUGGAUCCAUUGUGGUUUCCGUUUCCGUUGGACUGCGGGAUGGUCGAGUUUGGCGACCUCGCAAAGGAGGCCAUAAUUUCCUGCAGAACGCCACCGUCCGCCUCCAGCUUGUUGACGGCCUCGCUGUGGUCCCUCGUGGAGUUCUGGGCGGCGUCCCCGGCCUCUCCCCGGCGCAGUUUUAUCUUGCGCGCCACAUAAUAUCCCACGAGGCUCACCACCAGGGUGACCACUAGCCCGAUAAAGACCGAAACGGCGAUGUGGAGGCCACCACUUUCUGUUUUGUUGUGUGAUGAUGAUUCGUUCGACAUGGUUCCGGUGGCUGGGUCAAAAUCAAAACCCGGCCAGUCCCUAGGGACGUUGCCGGUUACGAAUUGGCAGUGCUGCAAGAGUUGUCGUUUCGGUUUGUGCCAUUGUGUUGUAAUUUGUUGGGAACGAUAAAAGUAUGUUCGUUGCUGCUAUUGUGAGUGUUGGUUCCAAUGCACAAAACUUCAACUGGAUCCAAACAAGAUAGAACAAAACGAAACAACAGCCACGAUGUGCGCGCGCAUACGAACGUGAACCGUUCUCCAGUGCUCCUAGAAAAAUAAAAAUAAAUUCCAAAAAUAGAAAUAACGCACCGGUCCCUCGAACUCGGCCGGGCAGUCGCAGUUCCAUUGCGCACCACCGUUGUUUGUGGACAGGACGCAGGUUCCCCGGUUGGAACAGAAUGAGUGGGACGCGGUUUCCUGCUCCAUCUGACAAUAUGUUUCCGCUUCAUACUCGCAAAAGAGACCAGCGAAGUCGCCAUCGCUGGUUCCACAGUCGCAGUAGUACGAGCCCUCCUCGGUUGGGUGCUCCGCGCAGCUUGAUCCGUUCUCGCAGCGGUGUCCAUCAGGACAUUUUCGAAUUUUUGACAUGUCGUGAUUUUUCUGGAUUGAUUCCCUGUUGCUCUAUUUUAAUCCGGUUCAGGAGAACGUUUGGUUGUGUUGGGUUGGAUCUGUUCAAAUGUAAUCUCCUUUGUCUUCUCACUCCAGCAAGUUUAUCUCGUCCGUCUUUCUUUUUGGUGACGACGACUCACUCAACAAGUACGAGUUGUAGGAGCAGCAGGUAUUUUUUGCAGUUAUUUCAAAGCGGUACAGUCGUCUCUCUCAGUACCGUACCCUACGUACCGUACGGGACGUAGUACGGCAUGCAUGGCACCAUAAUGCCCCUCCGUUUCAAUUACGGGGACGAGUACGAAAGCCGAAGGGUACAAACGUUAUGUUACCGGCAGCCAUCACGGUAGGAUGACCCGCGAGGGAGCAUUGGUUCCGUGGAAAGAACCACAUGAGGAACUCCGAUGACAAUUUGAGUCUUGUAUUGCAGGAACCCAACGUGCUGGAAACAGAAUGACUCACCCACGCGGGAUUGAUUUAUUUUAGUCAAUCGGGUCGAAAACUGCUAACGAGAACGACGAGGAUCGGGAAACAAGAAACAGCACUUGUAAAAAAUCAUCAAAAGGAUUUUUUGGCACACCGCCUUACCUUCAGGUACCAAGUUCGGCUAAAUAAAGUACGAGUGCUACUACAUGUACCUUUUUGGAGUGUCACAACAACCUUCGACUGUAGCAAAAAACAUUCUCUCAGUCAUUCGCGCUACAAACAAUCCAAUACUUGUCGUACUGUCAUAUCAUAAAUACGUGUGAAUAUUGUGAUAGCAAUCAUACCAAAAUCGGUCUUUAUAAUAUCCCAACUGGCAUUCAAACUGGCCUCCUGUACACUAGUUUUACAACACGACGAAGGCGGUCCAAUCGGUCAUUUUUGUCGAAAACAUUUCUCGGAAGGAAUACACAACGGCAUCAUACUUCCAGCGUGUUGCCAUCUUAAAUACGAUACGAUACACCGCAAUAAGAGCAAUGAAGAUACUUGUCAAUAGCCGGGUGGCAAUCGCUUGCCUCCUCUUGGGGUUCGAAAACGGCAGCGGCGGCUUCGUAGCCGAAUCCCUAUCGCACACUACGAACGCGGCAACAACGAGAACAGCGACAACACCACACCUGCGGCGAUCCGAACGAACGGUGACGAUUCACCGGAACCUGCAAGAGGAUGUUGGCGAGGGUCAAACGGAAGAAGCGCCUCCUCCACCGGCCGGGGAGGCCGUCGAGCCCAAACCCACCGCCGAGGAACCACCACCGGCGGAAGUUCCUAUUGAAAACGGGGGUCAGGAUGCGGCUGCCGAGGAGCCACCAGCUGUUGUGAAUGCCGAGCCUGUGCCAGAGGUUAUUGUGAAUUCUGAGCCUGUGCCAGAGGUCGAACCCCAAGCUGAGCCCCAGGCCGGGGACGAGCCAUCCAUGGUGAACGCAGAGGCUCAGGGUGAAAACGGGACCGAGGAAGCGGCGGCGAUGGAAUUGGGCGGGGAAAACACGGAAUCCACAGAGACCGAGGGAUCGAAGGACAACACCGAAACCGUUGCCGAGACAACGGAAGAGGUGAAAGAAGAAUCGAUCGUUGAAAUACCAGAGCCCACCCCUCAGCCCAUCCCUGAACCCACCCCCUCGCCGGUUGCGGCACCUACCGAAAAGCCCACGGUCAAGCCCUACGUCCCAUCGAACGACUCGUACGAUCCCGUCAAGGCGGAGGACGAAAAGCACGCCGAGGAACAGGAGCUCCAGGAACUGGAAACGGAACUUAAGCAGGAAGAAAAGGUCGCCCGACAGGCUGGGGGCCUCGGGAUAUUUUUUGGAAUCCUCGCCAUGAUCUUCACUGCCCACCAGAUGAGCGAGAAUCCCGAUGGCCUCUAUGCGAGCGUCUGCCGGCUGGCCAUAACGAUCUCGUCGGUGGUCGUAAAGAUCAUCUGCAUGCCGUGCCGGAAAUUGAUGGGUGUGGGUGGCGGUGGAAACCCCUACAGCGGCCACAUGCCGAUCAGCACGAACGAUUACAGCUAUAGGAAUGAUCCGUAUCGCAGCAACGCGAAUGCCGGAUUCGAAAUGUCGUGAUGAUAAUGAUGAUGAAUGAAGGAUCGGCCGAUUUCGAUCAAAGAGACGAUGUAUUUUAUGGAUGAAUUACUUUCCUGCAACCUAAAGUAGUGUACCACGGUUUCGAUGAAUGCUAGAAUGAAUAAGAAUAUUGAAUUUCC